AUUAGAAAGAGAAAAAAAAAAAAAAAAAGACAGCCAGAAAAAGCAACACAAGCAUUAUUACACAGUACUUGCUUGGUUGCUUCACUCUCACAAUCUCUACCUUUUUCUUUUUGGUUAUAUAUUAUGGGAAAAACACUUCUUCUAUAUAUUAUAAACCAAAACACCCACAUCAAUUUAUAUAUUUAUUUAUAUAAAUAUAUCUAGUUGAAUAGUAACGAAAAGGGUCUUUAUAUUCAGUGUCAGAGUCUCUGAACCAAAUACAAAAGACACCGACUUUGAAACGCUGCAGAGUUUUCUGUUCUCUCCCUGCUUUUGCGGCCAUAGCAGUCUUUAAGAGGGUUUGGUUCUGCAUUUUUUCUGAGCCAAUUAGUGACAUUAACACUAUGGCUAUUAUUGUGCUAAGUUUUAAAGCUUCACAUGAUAAGGCCAUAUUCUGAAGCCCGAGAUUUGCUUGCAUUUAAAGUUUCCUUUGUCACAAUCCAUGAAUGAGGAAUUUUUAGUCAUCAUCACUACCCCAUCACUGGCAGUGUACUAAGCUCAACUGAGAACGAAGAAAAACAAAGCUUCAAAGAGUAAAGAUUUUCAAAUCAAAACCUUGGAAGGAAGAUCUGUUAACUGAGUUUUCUUCCUUUAAGCUUUAGGAGAAAGAGACAUCUCGAACAAGAUCCACAAGUAUUUAGACACUGCCUUUUGUGUAUAACCAAGACAAUGUUGUCUCAAAAGCAAGCAGAGGAAGCAAUAGUCACAAACUUCAAUGAGACAGAACAUGAAGGUGGGACUAGGGAAGAGGUGGGGGAACAAAGCCAAUCCAUGUUAAGUGUCAAGAGUUUCCUAUGGCAUGGUGGUUCUGUUUGGGAUGCAUGGUUCAGCUGUGCUUCAAAUCAAGUAGCUCAAGUGCUCUUGACACUACCAUAUUCUUUCUCUCAACUGGGUAUGCUAUCAGGCAUCUUGCUUCAGGUAUUUUAUGGAAUUAUUGGAAGCUGGACUGCUUACCUAAUCAGUGUCCUCUAUGUGGAGUACCGCACCAGAAAGGAAAAGGAAAACGUCAGCUUCAAGAACCAUGUCAUUCAGUGGUUCGAAGUACUUGAUGGGUUGCUGGGUCCUUAUUGGAAAGCAGCAGGGCUAGCCUUCAAUUGUACCUUCCUCCUCUUUGGAUCUGUGAUACAGCUUAUAGCAUGUGCAAGUAACAUCUAUUACAUAAAUGACAAAUUGGACAAACGGACUUGGACCUAUAUUUUCGGAGCUUGCUGUGCUACAACUGUGUUCAUACCUUCCUUCCACAAUUACCGUAUAUGGUCAUUUCUGGGUCUUGGAAUGACCACUUAUACGGCUUGGUACCUAGCUAUCGCAUCUAUCAUUCAUGGCCAGGCAGAGAAUGUCACACACUCGGGUCCAGCAAAGCUAGUGCUAUACUUCACCGGAGCCACUAACAUACUAUACACGUUUGGGGGACAUGCUGUGACUGUUGAGAUUAUGCACGCCAUGUGGAAGCCCCAAAAGUUCAAGUACAUAUACUUGAUGGCCACUUUGUACGUUUUCACACUAACGAUUCCUUCCGCCGUCUCCGUUUACUGGGCUUUUGGUGAUGACUUAUUGAACCAUUCUAACGCCUUCGCUCUCCUCCCCAAGACCCGUUUCCGUGAUGCCGCCGUUAUUCUCAUGCUCAUUCACCAGUUCAUCACAUUUGGGUUUGCUUGUACUCCAUUGUACUUUGUGUGGGAGAAGGCUAUUGGGAUGCAUGACACAAAGAGCAUUUGUUUGAGGGCACUAGCAAGGUUGCCAGUGGUGAUACCUAUAUGGUUCUUAGCUAUAAUCUUCCCUUUCUUUGGACCCAUAAAUUCAGCUGUUGGUGCUCUUCUUGUUAGCUUCACUGUCUACAUCAUCCCCUCCUUAGCCCAUAUGCUCACAUACAGAAAAGCCUCAGCAAGACAGAAUGCUGCUGAGAAGCCUCCUUUCUUCAUGCCAAGCUGGACUGCAAUGUAUGUCUUGAAUGCAUUCAUUGUGGUGUGGGUUUUAGUUGUUGGAUUUGGGUUUGGAGGAUGGGCCAGCGUGACCAACUUUGUUAGGCAAAUUAACACAUUUGGGCUUUUUGCUAAGUGUUACCAGUGCAAGCCUCCAACGCCACCGCCACAUGUUGCGGCAGCUCCACCACCCCAUCAUCACUAAAGUCAAAGCUGAGUCACUCACCUCAACAUAGUAGAGUUCAGCUACAAUCAAUCACAUUUCCCACAAUAGUUUGUAUCAUACAUGGGGGAGAGUCGUGAAUACUUCCCCCUUAAUUUGAUGUGUGCUUUUCUUUUUUUUGUUGCAUAUUUUUGUUCCUCUUCUUUGUUAUAUAGCUUUUUUUUUUUUUUUUAAUCCCCUCUACCUUUAAGAUUAGCUGAUUAAAAAUAGUGUGUCAAAUGUUAUGAUUCCUUGGCUAUGAAAUGCAUAGGCUAAGUAAAUUAGAUACGUAUGUUUUGGUAUCUUUCUUUCUUUUUUGUCCUCUUUGUUUUGAUUGGGAGAUACUAUAAGAUUUUGUUUGCCAAUAUCAUUAUUACAUUGCAUGUUUUCCGGAAUAUGCCUUUAGAAAAACAAUUUAUAGUCUUAUUUGCUGUGUUGAAGGUAACGUGGUCUGAGUUCAAAAGGUGGUGUGCGCUACUUGUUUAUUCCCUCCACUUAAAGCUUUUAGAUUCCUCUCUCAUUCUUCAUUCAUAGUGAGAAAUGGGGCGUGGACCCAUUUCAUAUUCACAUGGGCUGCACCUCUGCAUGUGGGUUCAUCUUCUUGUCACGUGCCAUUAUUACCCACCAAAUACAUUAUAUACAUUAUAUUAUAACCUAUAUUUUCAUGAUACAUGAACCACCACCCCUUUAAUAUUUAUGGGCCAUAUGUCAUUAACCUCAAUUAGUUUAUACGUUUACGUUUACUAUCAUUAAUUUUCAUGACCAAUCAAACCUCUUUUUCCCAUUGAUUUUGAUAAAUUUAAAAUUCUAGUGUCAUUUCAAUUCGGUGCACAUGCAUUUGAUAUUUGGCAGAUGCAUUUUUCAGUUCUGAUGCGAGAAAAGUAAGCGCGUCAGGAUCUUGACACAAUGUAUAUGUAAAUAUACGGUCAGAUUAGAACCUCAUAUGAUAUUCUUUCUAGAUAUGGAGAAGGGGAAUCUACAUAUCUUUCUUGUAAGUGGAGCUACUUUUAUGUGCAUGUUUUACAAACGCUCCCCUCUCAUAAGUCCCAAUUCCCCAAUUUCAUGAAAAGUAUAGGAAUAUUAAUGGACGUUAAUGAGAUUUGUUUGCUUUAUUUGACCUGUUAAUCUAGGCCUAAACAUUGUCAGCAUAUAGCGCUCGAGAAGAAUACAGUCCAUCUAUGCUGAAUAACACUGGAGAAAAUUUAGAGAAAUGAAGUUAUACACUUAUAAUUUGUUAUAUAUUUUAUUUUAUUUUAUUUUUUGGUUGUAAUUUGUUCAGUAAUUCUUGGGCUUAACAUUUCAGCCUAUGAUGCUCGUACUAUAUCUAGCUGCAUAAUGCAUAAGUGUUCGAUCCAAAAGAAUUGAAGAGGAAAAUCUAGCAAAAAUCUAUUGGCAGGGAGAUGUCCAGUUUUAUGGAAAUAUGCAUUUCAAGUUGGUUGUAAGUUGUGAGGCGGCAAGUCUCUCCAAAUGGUUACUAUGGU